CUCCCCACCCCCAAACCUCUCAAUCACCCCGAUUCUCUCUCUCUGUUCUCUCUCCCUCUCCCCACCCCCAAACCUCUCAAUUCACCCCCAAAAUCCAACCUCUAAUUUGCUCGCGUCUCCGGCGAAUUCGACGCCUCAUCGUCGCAAAUUCGCAGGUCCGAUCCCGAAUCCGGCGCUGCUUCUUGCGGUCUCCGGCGAUGGCCACACACGUCUAGGGUUUUCCCGGCUCCAAACCCGAUCGAUUCGGCGGCGCUUCCGACGAUGGACGGCAACAAUAUUCCCCUCCCCCUUCUCGCAUUGUUCUCGCCUCUCGCCGGUGGUUUCCGCCCCCUCGGAGCUCGGAAUCAGUGGUUUUCCGGUUCGUUAUCUCGAGUUUCUUCCAGCGGUUCGCCUGAAUUCGGCGAGGUGCGAUCGAGAUUCGCCAUGGCUAGCUCCGGCGAUGGAGAGAACGGCGAGAACCGCCGGACGCGAUCGGACUGCGACGAGCCCGGCGAUCCGUCGUCGAUCGACGCGUCCUCGGUGGAGUGCGGGCUGAGCUCGAGGGUUUCGAGGGGGGCAGCCGAGGAGAUUGGGACUCUAAAUCCAGGUUGCCAAUCUUAAGUUGUUUCCCCUUUUUCUCUUUUUAUGAGGUUUUGACUUUACCAUGAAGAGUUAAAUUCAUAAUGUGAAACUGGGAGUACGUGUUCUCAAAGUUGUGAUUGUGAGCUGUUCUUGUGAUCUCCUCGAUUGUUCUAGUGGUGAUUCAUUUCUAUUCUCCCUAUGGAUAUUGGUUGUUGACUGAGUCGUGUGAAUGUCUUAUACAUUAUUUUACCAUUUCUGCUUGCUGUGUCUAAUGAUUUAGACUUUUUUAAUAGGAUCUGACAAAUGGAAAAGAUACUUUGGUACCUGUGUUCGAUUUUCAGCACAAAAGAUGUGUCGGUUCAAAGACAAUUAAGAGUGCUUCCUCUGGUGUGGUUGGUGGUCUCCAUUUUAGCCUCCUUUCAAAGGUCCAAUAUGAUAUUGGAGACUCUCGUUCACUGGAUUCUCUCAUUGACAGCAUCUUUCCAUUGUUUAGGAGACACAUUGAGCCAGAUUUACACCACGCACAGGGAAGCAAUCUACAAGAUAAAAUGCAGAAGCGAUUCUCCAGAUUCCUUUCCUGCCCAGGUUCUCCAGGGAAAUGAAGCUCAAACAGAUAACUUUAUUGAGAUGUACCUGAGACCUCCAUUAGCCAGUGAAGAAGCACAAAUAAACGAUUGGAUUAAGGUGCGUCAAUCUGGUAUUAGGUACUAUCUUUCCCUGGGUGACCAGAGGAUUGUGGACAAGCAUUUCAUUAUCCGACCCAAAGCAGAGUUUGAGGUAAGAAACAUCUCAUAUUUCAUUACACUAAAUAGUCGUCCUUUGAGUUGACUUGAUGAUUUACUAUGCUGAUGUCUUGUCCUCUUUAUCAGUUUUGUAAGGUUUCUAUUUCACUCCUAUGAACCUUGACAUGCAGCUAGAUAUAGCAUUUGAGACAGUUUUCUUCUGCAAUUUGAGAAUUGACAUGUGUAAGAAUCAACUUACACACAUAUAUUUGAUAGUAGCCAUGAGAGUAA